AUGUUACGGGUCUUCAACAUGACGGCCUCGCACGCUCUGCGUGCUGUCGGCGCACUCGUCAUUCUUCUCGUCAUUUUCCAGGCUUGCUACAUGAGCCAAGCGCCAAUCCACCAAGUGUUUGGCAGCCCACGGCCCGAGUCUCACGAGCCGGCUGCGACCGGCCCACUGGCCUCCACCUUAUCGCAACGUCCCAAGGUCAUUGCCCCGGCCACUGGAUGUUCCAUUCUGAACAUCCCAGAUAAGGUGUGGCACACGGCGAAGCAUCAUGAUAUCACGGCCCAGCAAAGCGAAAGGAUCAGGACCUGGUUGGAAAUCAACCCUUCUUGCCGCCAAGAACUAUUGAGCGAUCGCUCAAGCGAGGCUUUUGUUCGAGCGCAUUAUGGUCAAACGCGACCGGAUAUUGUCGAAACCUAUGAGGCCAUCUCCAUACCCAUCCUGCGGGCGGACCUUUUUCGCUACUUGGUGAUCCUUGCCGAGGGUGGCUUCUGGGGUGACUUGGAUGUCAGCUGCGAGAAACCACUUGCCCAGUGGAUUCCCGCGGAAUAUAAUAACGGCACGGUCGAUAUGAUUGUGGGACUGGAGUUCGACAUGGAAUGGCGAGGUCCAGAUACCGAGGUUGCUUCUCAAUUCUGCAAUUGGGUCUUCGCAGCUCAGCCGGCGUCGCGCAAUUUACAAGUGAUUGUUGACGCCGUCGUUGCCAAACUCAAGAAGAUUGCCAAAGAUCAAGGCGUGCAGAUCGAAGACAUCACACUAGACCUGCUCCCCGAGGAUGUUGUGAAUGUGACCGGGCCAAAAAUGAUGACAAUUUCUAUCAUGAACAGCCUGAAAGAGUUGUUGGGAAGAACCGUUGACGACCGUGACUUUUCACGCAUCAAGCGACCGAAGUUGGUGGGUGAUGUUCUGAUCAUGCCUGGGGUUUCGUUCGCGGCACUUCAGAACGGAAAUCCGAAGAAUCAAGGCGACCCUCUGGUUUCGCAUCACUACGAAGGCUCUUGGAAAAAGGAAGAUGCGGCAGCGAAAGAGAGAAAAAAGCAGAAGGACCUGGCGCAGGAAGUAAAUCAAUAA